CAAUCUCUGCAGUUAAUCGAUUCAAUCCCUUGGUAACGAAAUCCUUUCACUUCCGUUCUAAUCAUAUAUUCUUCUCCAAUCAAUUCACGAAUUAGGUACGAUAUCUUCAAUCUUUGUAACUCUGUGAUGUUUCUAAUGUUUCAAGAUUGUUGAAUCCGCCACCAUGUUUUUCGAUCUUUAAUGAAGGCAAGUUUUUCUCGGAUGAUUCGCGUGUUUCAUAUUUGUAUAAUCUAGAAUUAACAUUCCUUUCAUCACGGUGAUUGUUAUUUGCUUGAAUACACACCCAACUGGAUACUUGAAUUUGUUUAUUUGUAUGUGUUUGUAGAAUUUAAAUGUGUUUAGAUCGAUGGGAAUGCCAUGGGGGCUGAGGGAUUUGUAAAUCUUGUGAUUAGGAAAGUGCAUACAUGUUGUUCGAUGAAAUGCCUGACGAAGAUUUUCAAUUUAUCUGUUAGUCUCUUGCAUAUAUGAGAGUUUCUCAGCUUAGUUUAUUUUUUUAUAUAUCUGGUUGUGAUAUUUUGUUUUGUUUAAAUAUAUAGAUAUAUAACUGUUUGUUUGCUUUUUUUUUUGUAUAUUGUAUACUUAAGUUUUACACAAGGUCUUUAUAUUAAUCCAUCCAGCACUAGCACCGGAGGUCUUUGGCGAAAGUUUCGAUCCAAAUAGUUGUCUAAUUCAUUGUUGUGGUGUGUUCUUAAUUCAGAUUUGGUGGCCACAGUGAUCGGAAUUGAUGGUGGUAGUGGUCGCCUGUAAAAUUGGAUAUGAUGCUAUAAACCACUAGCCCCGGAUCUGGUCAGCCACCAUAUAACUGCCACUUCUUUGUCAAUCAAUCGGCUUCAACCCUAAUCACUUCUUCAAUCGGCUUCAAGGUUUCUUUCUCUAUCAAUUUCUCACUCGGUACCAUCGAUUUCAAGUAUUGCAGCCAUGGAUGUUGGUUCUAAGAAACUCUGGUGAAAGUUGAGGGUGAUGAAGACAUUCUCAUAUGGUUCUGAUGUGGCUUUGUUAGUCGUUGAUGAUGGUGGUUGUUAUGGUGGAUGCCGGCAGCGAGACGGCGGUCAAGCGGCUAUGGUUCUGAUCCACUUCCGACACGUUUCUGGGCUUGGGUCGUCUUCUCCAACUAGAAUCGGCAUUUGUAGAUCGCUGGUAAUUCUUGCAAACCUGGGUCUUAUGAGGCGACGAUGGUGCUUUCAGAUGGUGCUUUUAGAUUGGGCAGACGAUGGCGCUACAGUGAUUGGUGAAAUGGAAUGUUGGUGGUAUUGUCAACCUAAAGGGAUAAAUGAAAGGUAGUUACAAAACGAUACUGUGUCGGCAGGUAGACCAACCAAGAAUGAUAUUGUACGAGUUAUGCGAUUUGUUUGGAAUGUACAUGAUAGAUGUAACAAGUUAUGGACCAAAUCAUGUUGCUCUUGAUGGUAUAACUAUCUUUAAAAUUUGAUUGAUGCAAAGUAGAGGUGGCUAAAUGGGC